AGAUUUCGACUCUCAAUCGUUUGGGUGUGGAAAUUUCCAAAGGACAUUCGUUUUGACUGGUGAGUUUCGCUUUUGAAUUUGGUAACGUAAUUUCAUACCCAAGCACCUCUCGCACAACAAAAAACGCUGACGAGACCGCGUGCGUAGGCUCGCGAAAGCCAACAAAAUAUAAAUUUAUCACAUAGGGUCAACCAUUUACGCUUCAAUCUCUCACUUUCUCUCUCUCCAACCUCUAUAUAUACCCCUUCAAACCUGUAGUUGCCUCCCACAAAAAUCUCAAAACUUUCCAGAUAUUUCUCUUCCCACUAAAUUGGAUCUUCUAAGCUCUCCUCCCACUCAAUUGCAUCUCAAAUCUACAUUCUUCUGGAAAUUCAGAAAAAAGAAGGAAAAAUUGUUUGGAUCUUUGCGAUUUUUUUUCUUUUUGCUUCAUCAUAAAUUGGAAUGCCAAGAAAAGGAAUGAGGAGCGUAUUCAUGAAAUCUUCAUCUCCAUCACCUUCUAAUUCCCCUUCAAGAAGUAGUACUAUCCCACCUUUAUCACCUCGACACACUUUCUCCGAAUCUCUAAUGGAGGAGAAUAUUGAAAUCGCUCAGUCCCUUAUUACCAAAUGGGAUUCGAAUUCUCAGCUAUCUGAAUUCUCAAACAUCAAUUCUCUCUUCAAUGGCGAUCGGUCCGAGGCUAGACAGUACCUGAACUCCGUUAAGGAUUUGCAAACCGCGAUGCAUUACUUCAUUUCGCAUAAUUCAUCUUCCGAGAACCUAGUCCGAGCUCAGUUUCUGAUGCAGACCGCCAUGAAAAGGUUGGAGAAAGAGUUUUAUCGGAUAUUGUCAACUAAUCGGGAGUCUCUGGAUCCGGAAUCCGUUUCUUCUAGAGGUUCCACAAUUUCCAGCUUGUCCGAUUUCGAAGAGGAUUUGGAAGAUGAGUUACGAACGGCCGGCGAAUCGAUUUCCGAGGUGGAGAGGGUUUCGAUGGCUGCCAUGGCGGAUUUGAAAGCUAUUGCUGAUUGCAUGAUAUCUUCUGGUUAUGGAAAAGAGUGCGUCAAGAUUUACAAGAUAAUUAGGAAAUCCAUUGUCGAUGAGGGACUCUAUCAUCUUGGCGUUGAGAAAUUGAGCCUUAAUCAAGUGCAGAAAAUGGAUUGGAAUGUCCUGGAGCUGAGGAUCAAAAACUGGUUGAACGCUGUUAAAAUCGCCGUUAAAACAUUGUUUUACGGCGAGAGGAUUCUCUGUGACCAUGUUUUCUCGGCUUCGGCUUCCAUUAGAGAAUCUUGCUUCACGGAAAUCACCAAAGAGGGUGCUAUGACCCUGUUUGGAUUCCCGGAAUUGGUUGCCAAGUGCAAGAAAUCUUCGGAGAAAAUGUUCCGCACUCUCGAUUUAUACGAGGCCAUCAUCAAUCUCUGGCCGGAAAUCGAGUCCAUCUUCUCCUACGAAUCGAACUCGGCUCUCCGAACGCAAGCCAUCAAUUCACUUGUCAAACUCGGGGAUGCCGUACGAACUAUGCUAACCGAUUUCGAAUCAUCGAUUCAGAAGGACUCGUCCAAAACCUCGGUCCCGGGAGGUGGGGUCCACCCACUCACACGUUACGUGAUGAACUACAUCACGUUUCUUGGCGAUUACAGCGAGAUUCUCGCUGACAUCAUGGCUGAUUGGCCUCUGACGUUUCAAUCGCCGUUGCCGGAAUCUUACUUCCCGAGCUCCGACGAUGACGGUCCGUUUUCGGCGAUUUCUGUAAGACUCGCUUGGCUCGUCCUCGUUCUCCUCUGCAAACUCGACGGCAAGGCCGAGCUCUACAAGGACGUGGCUCUCUCGUACCUCUUCUUGGCCAACAAUCUCCAAUACGUCGUCAACAAAGUUCAGAGCUCCAACAUCAAAUUCCUCCUUGGCGACAAUUGGGUGGCCAAGCACGAAGAGAAGGUGAAGCAGUACGCUGCGAAUUACGAGCGCAUGGGAUGGAGCAAAGUCUUCUCGUCGUUGCCGGAGAAUCCGAAGGCCGAAAUCUCGCCGGAGCAAGCGAAGAGCUACUUCAAAAAUUUCAACGCCGCGUUCGAAGAAGCUUACAGAAAACAGACAUCGUGGAUCGUACCCGACCCGAAACUCCGAGACGAGCUCAAAAUUUCAGUGGCGAGGAAACUGGUUCCGUUAUACCGAGAGUACUACGAGAACCAUCGGGUCGGACUCAGCAGAGAGUGCGGGUCGGAAUCGUUGGUCAGAUAUGCCCCUGAGAAUCUAAAUAAUUACCUGUCCGAUCUGCUUUACGGUAACGGAGGAGGUGGAAGCAUUUCGUCAUCAUCCUCGUCGUCUUCCUCGCCAUCUCGUUCGCAUGGUCGGCAUGGUCGUUAAGACGUUGUUGUGGUCCCUACCUCGCUUCCAACUCCAAUUACCGGUUUAUACAUGGAAAAAAAUUGGGAUAUUAUUUGGAGCUAUUGAAUAACAACAAAAAUAUAGAGUGUAAAUAAGACGAACUUUAGCACGUGCAUAUAAUUUUUGUUUUUUUUGUUUUUUCCAUACGUGUAUAGCGAUUUGAUACGUAUAGUGAUAGAGGGUACAAAAUACAUAAUAUGUUUUAUUGAUUAAUUUUUCUUUAAUCACUAUUGAAAAAGUUCAUCUUAUUUAUUAUUAUUAUUA